AUGAACCAGAUACCCGAGAUUCUGUAUGGCAAAUCCGGACAGAAGACUUGGUGUAUCGUUGGUGCAUCUAGAGGUAUAGGUCUGGAGUUUGUGCGACAGUUGAUUGCUCGUGAGGACCGCAUAUUCGCUACUGUACGCGACACCGCCGCCGUUCAUGCAUCUGGGCUUUGGGCGCAAGCAGGAGGUGACCAUGGUCGCUGUCAGAUGUUGAUCUGCGACGUCUUGUCAGAACAAAGCAUAAAUGAUUUCGUUGCUCAGCUUGCCUCAGUACCGAACCUGAAGCUGGACUAUGUUGUAAUUAAUGCUGCGAGGCUGACCACCCAGCNNUCUUUCGAUGAAUUUGCCUUCCACCUACACACCAACACGAUUGGACCAAUAAUCACUGCUCAGAGACUUCUUCAGACAAUGAUUCCGAUAGGUACCAUUGUCUUCAUGUCAAGUGACUCUGGUUCGACACAGCGAUUCCUGGAGAUGGAAGAUGNNGGUAAGUACUUUGUUCAAGUAUUCUGCAUCCUCACUCACCGCUUCUUCAGGUUCGCAGCUUACUCUGCAUCAAAAGCCGCAUUGAACCAAGCAAUGCGGCAUAUGGCUGCCGAACUCAAGCGAAAAGACGACGACACCAUCUUGCUAGCAAUUCAUCCAGGAGAGGUUGCCACGUAUGUACAUCUGAUGGGCAAGUGGGAUGAGACCUAUGCUGAUGAAUCACGCCAGANNGAUAUGGCCAACAUUGACCUAGGUUGGGAAGUGGACGGCAUAAUGACACCGCAGGAAUCAGUAUCGGCGAUGAUCAAAGUCAUUGAAAGUAAAGGAAUACAGCACAGUGGAACCUUUUGGACUUGGGAAAACAAG